GACGAGCAUUGAGGGUCUGUCAGGGCUGGAGAAUGGAUCUGAAAAUGCUCCUAAUCUUCAUUGCAUUUCUGCUUCCCACUGUACUGGGCUUCCCUAUUCAGAACAACUAUGAAAACAGCACAGCAACAACAGAAUCUACUCAGGUUACUACAGAAGAGGAUAUAUAUGACUCUCCAUCGCCAGCAGAGACAGACUCUGAAGAUGAACUUAUUUUUAACAGAAUUUUGGAAGUUAACAAAGACAGCUCUCAGUACUUGCAAGAAGGUGACAUAGUCCCUCGAAGGAGCCGCAGUGCCAUCAACUGUCGCAAUUGCUAUUGGCCUCAGUCCAGGGAUGGGAUUGUUCGUAUUCCCUAUGUCUUGGAUCCUACAUAUGAGGAGAACCACGUAAAAGGGAUUCGUGAAGCCAUGGCAGAAUUUGAAACACUGACUUGUAUUAAUUUUGUGAAACGCAAGACAGAACGUGACUACCUCAUCAUUAGAUCUGCUGAUGGGUGCUGGUCCAACUAUGGAAAAGUAGGAGGUGGACAGACGAUAUCUGUGAUGAAAGGAGGCUGUAUGUGGAAAGGAAUUAUUCAGCACGAACUGGACCACGCUCUGGGGUUUUUGCAUGAACAUUCUCGAAGUGACAGGGACAAAUAUGUAAGGAUCAUGUGGGAGUACAUCAGCCCAGCUGACAGACCAGACUUCAAGAAAUUUGAAAACUCCAACAAUCUCGGUCUUCCCUAUGACUAUUCUUCAGUAAUGCACUAUGGCCCACACACAUUCACUAAUACCACUGGAAAAGCAACAAUUGUACCGGUUCCUGAUGGAUCAGUACAUAUUGGACAGAGGCUGGGGCUGAGCAACUUGGAUGUGGCCAAAAUCAACAGGCUUUACAAUUGCAGUCGCUGCAGCACGAUUAUUGAUGCAGCAUUUGGGUCACUGAAAUCUGCCAACUACCCAAGAAACUAUUCAGAUAACACCAACUGUGUCUGGCUUAUCCGAACUCGAUCCAGAAAGAUUUCUCUACACUUUCGUGCCUUUGAGCUGAGGACAACCAGAGGCUGUCAGGGUGAUUACGUUAAAGUUUAUGAUGGAUCCAGCAAGUAUUCUACAGUUUUAAUGGACAAAACCUGUGGAUCACAGAUACCCACUGAUGUAGUUUCUUCUAGCAAUCUUAUGCUCAUAGAGUUUGUCACAGAUGGUGCUGAUACAGCUUCUGGUUUCCAAGCCACCUUUACUUCUGCAAAGAUCCAAAGAAGAUUUAAGAUCCGCAACUGAUUUAAUGAAGAAGAAUCUAUUCUGUGAAUAUUGAAAUUACGGAUUUCCAAAUCUGCUCCUAUCUUGGCUUGGAUCAGUAUGCAAUUUAAUUCUAUUAAGAAUCAAAUUCUUCGUCUUCUUGGAAAAGUUUUUUCCCCAAGCCAUAUAAAUGUAUGAAUUCUAUACAUCCUAGUGUAUUACCCCUUUUGUCUGCACAAUUAAUUUAUUACCUCUUUCUAUUUAACAAUUUAAUUAAAAGCUUCAUAGAAAAA